AUGGGUGCUCAGUGGGCUGCUACAAAGGGUUUUGAUAGUGUUGAAAUACAAAGUGACUGCAAGGAGAUGGUUGUGACCCUCACUGAGGACACUGGGAGCUACGUUCAGAGAAGUAACUGGAACAUGCAGUGGAUUUCAUUGCUUAGAAGUAAUCCUCAUGUGGCCCUGGUGCACAUCUUACGCGAACAGAACUCUGUUGCAGAUUUUUUGGCCUCCCUGGCUGUGGAUUGCAGGGCGGAUAGACUGUUUUUUGCUUCUCCCCCGACUGGUUGCGAGAACUUAGUCUGUAAUGACCAAGUUGGGGCCGUGUUUCCGUGUCUCAUUUGUGAGAUGACAUAG